AUGGAAAGAAUGUUCCCUCCUAAAAAGCCUUCAACUAUGAAUUCCCAUGACAGACCCAUGUGUGUGCAAGGAGACUCAGGCCUUGUCCUCACCACAGACCCAAAGCCACGCCUCCGUUGGACUGUUGAACUUCAUGAACGUUUUGUUGAUGCUGUUGCUCAGCUUGGAGGACCUGAUAAGGCCACUCCUAAAACAAUCAUGAGGGUUAUGGGUGUGAAGGGUCUCACCCUUUACCACCUCAAGAGCCACCUUCAGAAAUUCAGACUUGGAAAGCAACCCCACAAGGAUUUCAAUGAGCACUCGAUUAAGGAUGGCAUGAGAGCUUCGGCUUUAGACCUUCAACGAAAUAUUGGUCCCUCUUCUGCUAUGAUUGGUCGCAACAUGAACGAGAUGCAAAUGGAGGUGCAAAGAAGAUUGCAUGAACAACUAGAGGUUCAGAAAAACCUUCAGCUGAGGAUUGAGGCUCAAGGGAAAUACAUGCAAAGUAUAUUGGAGAAGGCUUGUCACACACUUGCCGGAGAAAACAUGGCCACAAACAUGAAGGGUACCAUUGGAGGUCCUCAAGGCACCCCUGAUGUUGGGGUCAUGAAAGAAUUUUCUUCUCUCAAUUUCCCUUCUUUUCAAGAUCUAAACAUUUAUGGUAGUGGUGACCAUCUUGAUCAAGGGUUUAUUCCAACUAAUAAUAGUGAAAGUUUGUUUGUGGGGAAGAAGAGGCCUUGCCCCUAUAGUGGAAGUGGAAAGAGUCCUUUGAUUUGGAAUGAUGAUCUAAGGCUUCAAGAUAUGGGAACGGCUUCAUCAUGCAUUAGCCCUCAAGAUGACCCUUUCAAAGGUGAUCAUCACAAGGUUCAGAUUUCACCACCAUCAAUGGAUAGUGAUCCCAUGUCGGAGAUCUAUGACACAAAGCCAGUGGUACUCCAUGGAGAAAGUAUAGGGGAUCAGAAGAAAUUUGAUGCACCUUUGAAGCUAGAAAGGCCAUCGCCAAAAAGAUCACCACUUCAAUCAGAAAGGACGAGUCCUAUGGUUAAUGCAAGUUCCGUGGCACAAGGUAGAAGCUCCCCAUUUGGUUGAGAAUUAUAAUAAUUAAUUUGCUUAAUUAUGUAAUUUACUAUACUAAUUGUAUGAGAUGUAGGGUUUUGAAUUGGGUGUUAGAGAUUAGCAGUUCAUACGGAGGUUAAUAUUUGUGGUAUAAUGCCUUUGCAUGGAAAAUCGAAAGUUUCAUUCUAAUCUAAUAUAUAUUAAACCGCUUUUAAAUUAAGGUA